AUGUCAAGCGAACAAAAACAUUCAGUUACUCUUGUAUCAAAUGGUGAAAAUCCAAAAGAAAAAAAAGAUGAUACGGAAACACCUAUUGAAACAAUUGUUAUUGAUCCUGAUUCCACUAUUAUUGAAUUAACUGCAUGUCGUCUUCGAACAAUUGAAGGACUUGAUGGUUUAACAAACCUAGAAACAUUAAAUAUGCGCCAGAAUUUAAUUGAUAAAAUUGAUAAUAUUUCACAAUUAACAACACUUAAAACUGUUGAUUUAUAUGAUAAUCAAAUUGAACGAAUUGAAGGUUUAGAUUCAUUGGUACAAUUAAAACAUGUUGAUCUUUCAUUUAAUAGAAUUGUUGUUAUUGAAAAUUUAUCAACAUUAGUUGAUAUUGAAGCUCUUUAUAUUGUUCAUAAUCAAAUACGUACCAUUGAAAAUCUUUCAACAUUAGUUCAUUUACGUGUAUUAGAACUUGGUGAUAAUCGAAUUAAAAAAAUUGAAAAUUUAGAAGCACUUAUUCAACUCGAAGAACUUCAUUUGGGUAAAAAUAAAAUUGAAAAAAUUGAGAAUUUACAAACAUUAACACGUUUACGUAUUCUUGGAUUGGGUGCAAAUCGAAUUUCAAAAAUUGAAGGCUUAGAAAAUUUAACACAAUUAAAAGAACUUUAUUUAUCAGAAAAUCGUUUAAAAACUAUUGAAAAUCUUGAUACAAAUACGAAUUUAACUGUUCUUGAUAUAUCAAAAAAUCAAAUUGAACAUCUUGAUAAUCUUCAAUUACUUAAAAAUUUAACUGAAUUAUGGUUUAAUGAUAAUCAAAUAAAAAAUGCUGAUGAAUUAAAUAAACUUGUUCCAAUGGAAACAUUACAAUGUAUUUAUAUACAUGAUAAUCCAGCAUUUGAUCGAGAAGAAAAUUAUCGUGCUAAAGUUUUAUUACUACUUAAACAAUUAAUACAAUUAAAUGCAACUGAAACACGACGAGCUGCACCGAUAACAUUGGAUUAA